AUGACAAAACCCAGUCUGCUUGAACUCCCGCCAGGAGUUCAACUCGUCUAUCUUGCCGAGGGCGGCGCAAAUGUGAUUUAUCGCUUUGUCUCUGCACCGGGAAAAAUUGUCAAGAAAGAAUUCAAAAAACCAUUGUCUCCACCUGUGAUUGAAAGCUUGGAAAACUGCACUUUACCGGCCGUCUUCCGAGACAAACUCCUGCGUCUGCGCAAGGAAACAGCCGCAGAUCUAUCGUACAAAGAAAUCGUCCAGAACUUCAACACAAUCGUGCGACCGCUCUUCAAGCCCGAAGAGCUGGUCGACCAGACUCUCAUCCGGCUUCCGGAGGGACUAAUCCAGCGCUGCAAUGAACAGCUCCACGUCGAUGAAGUAAACGGCAGGCGGCCGAAGAAGAGACACGGUGGAUACCUGUCCUUGAACGAGCCGUUCGGUCUCCUAAUCACAGAUAUGACAACCGCCGACGACCCCAGCGCUACACUGGCUGAAUUAAAGCCCAAGUGGCUAAUCCAGUCCCCGUCCGCGCCUGGAAAUGCACAGAGGUGUCGGACCUGCGCGCUAAGAGAGAUGAAGAAUCACGAAGCGCGCAGAAUGGGACAAAAAGAACAACGCUCUUUCUGUCCACUGGAUUUGGUAUCCGAUCAUCUCGACAACGUCCUACGUGCAACGAGAUUCAUUAAAGGAUGCAACGAUCAACGCCGCCUCGCAAAAAUUCUACUCGGCAACCUGACCCUGCAAAAGCUUCAGUUUCAGCAAAAGUCCCGACACGAAGUCGGCCUGCUUGGUCCCCCGGCUCUAUCUCGGGGCAUGUCCCUUGAUAUGACACUCCGAGACUGCACGAUGUUUAUCAAGAUUCCCCGAGACGAAAUGUCUCCAGUAGAAAUUCGCCUCGGCGACCUGGACCUGAAAUCAGGCGCCGGAGGGAAAUCAAAGUACUGGCGAGAUCUCGAGAUGAAUUUGAUCGAUGGAGGCUGGUAUCGUGGCGAUAGCCAAGAGGAUAGUGGGUGUGCGUUGCAUCGAGGUCAUAUCUCAACAUGA